ACAGCUGUUUUUUAUUCGACCACAUCCAUUUUCCUAAGUUAUUUCCAUUUUUAUAGCUAUCUUACUAGUUUCAACUUUCAAACCAUAAGAUUUUAAAUUUUGUUCAACGGCAUUUAAUGCAUUUUUAAAUAGUUUUGGGUAUGUUGGGUUAGGUUUUUUAAUAGUAGUCAAAUAUCAUAUUAAGAACUAUGACCAAAAUAGAUAUCAUAUAGAAAUAAAUCUCUAAAUAUAAUAUUUUUGAAAAAAAUAAUUUGGUUUCUUUAUUCAAUGGUUUCUAUUAUUUGAAAUGGUAUUCAGAAAAAUUCUACAUUUCUAUUCAAACAACAUUUAUUACUCAUUAUUUAGCAUCCGUUUUUCUCGUUUAUAAAUAAAGAAUUACGACAUGAAACACGUGCAAACACGUGCAUUUUAACAUACAUAUAUAUGGAAAAAUGUCGAAUUUCGUGAAUUAGUGAGAGAAAAAAAAAACACAAAAUAAAAUACUGAGGUGUAUAUAAGUUGAUACAUCAAUCACAAAUAUUAUUCUACUCAAAUUUCUUAUUUGAAAAGAAGAAAAAUGCGAGGGAAAAAAAUAAUAAUCACAGAUGAAGAUGUGAAGCUACUUGUGACAAUCAUUGGUACAAUCGGAGUCACCAAUGGUCGCCCAUAUCAAUACAAGGUUGAAGCAUGGACAAAUGAAAACGAAAAAUAUGAAACAAAGGUUGUACCAACCGAAGGAGAUCCCGAGUUCGAUGAAGAGCUACAAAUUUUUCAAGAUAAGAAUUUUCCAGCCCAAUCUUUAUAUGUAGAUGUUUUCAAAACGAAUUCAAUUGGCACCUAUUUCGUUGGGAGGGGAGUCACAUUGUUGCCAACGGUUAAAGGUGUUGAUUUUUACCGUGAAGUUGAGCUCUCUGGUCCUGAGGAAACCGGAUUUCUUCAAUUGUCACUUAAUCUCAUGGAAUUCGAGAUACUUGGUUAUGUUUCUACAUGA